AUGCCAGCGAUACAGGCAUGGGUUAUCAACGCGCUUCGUCGGCAUCACUUGGAAAAUCUCUCCCUCGACGACAUCGCCGGUAGGCGUUGCGCUACCAGCCAAUUUAGGAUACCUUCUUGGUCAUGGGCAUCCAUGACGAUACAAAUGUUCUUUUCUGAGCUCUUCCGACCACCCACUAUGACGUUUCAUCCUCGCCAUUGGGCCAUUGACCACCAGUCAGGCAUAUUAAGCCUCCGGGCGCGGUGUGCUAAAGUCUUGAUCAUGACAGAGCCACAAGACGAAGACGAAAGAAUGUGCUUCCAUUCAUCCUACGAGUAUAAUCUCCACAAUGUCUCGUGGUUUAGAUUUUCGCAUUUUCGUCAAUCGCCGCUGGUCAAAAACAUCAAGUGGCGCCCUAAUCCAGCAUCAGAUCACGACGCCGUGGGCCUGGCACUACUCGAUGAGCUUAUAACGCCAUCAGACACCAUAUUUGCAAUCUCUUUACACGAUCGGCGCAAGACUGGCAGUUCUACUUGUUAG